AAAAAAAAAAAAAUAAUAACAAUAAUAUUAAGGAUGUGCUUAACAAAUGGAACAUGAUCAUUGUCAACACAUUUUAAAAGCUUUAGGUGCUUUCGAUUAUGCUGCUGCUACAAAGUUAAUAGCGAAAUUAUCUAAAAUUUAUCAACCUUUUAGCUAUAUUUUUACAAGGUUAUGUAGCUGUGAAAGUUCUUUUACUCAACUAUUAUUCUUACGUUCAAGAUGGUUUGUUAUGAGAAAAGAUAUAGCGGUAGAAACUGUGUAUACUAAUCUGGCAAACGAAUUACCAAGAGAAAUACUUAAUGUGAUUUCGACCACUUCAUUAUCCAACGAUGAUAAAAGUCAAUUUAUUAUCAUCAUGGAUGCCCUAACUAAGUUUUGUCAACUUCGACGAGAAAUGAUUAAUCUUUAUCAAGCUAUUUUAGCCCAAUCCAUGAAAGGCGAAUUUGACGAAAUCUUGAAGGAGCUCGAAUCAGUGCAGGAAAAAAUGAUGGAAAUGAAUUUACAAAAGGAUUUGGAUAUAUUAGGUUUGGGUAUAGAAAAGGAAAUAGGUAUAUUGACUUGUAUUUUAAGAGCGAGGUUGGCUAUAACGAAUUAUGCAUUUCAAGAUGCUUGUAUUGCUUUAUUUCAAACAAAACAAGAUUUAUAUGAAUGGAAACGAAUUUGUCAAGAACAAGAUUACCCUGAGAAAUCGUCUUCUAAGCCAGAUGAGGCUAAAGAAAUAUCGACUUGGCGAUUUCAUUUGUUUGGACAGUCAGAGUCAAAAUUACAUCAUAAACAAGGCGAUAUAUGGCCAAAUACAAUAAGAUGGCACGCAAGAGUACUUCAUAACUUGACUGCAAAAAUGACUUUGUUUUUUUAUACAAUUUUAUUAGAAAAGGAAAGACUAGUCACUGAAGAAGACCCAGAAAAAUCAUUAUGGAAAGGUUUAAAGGUCGACUAUUAUGAACAAAUUGCUACUUUUAAAAGAAAAUUUGGUGCUUAUAGUAUAAGUUUAGUCUAUGAAGUAACAAAUGAUACUCCCUUUUAUCCUCAAGGAUAUGUCUGUUCUUCUGAAUCGACUCCAUAUGAACCGCCUCAAGGUAUCCAUUCGUUUCCAUUCAUAUUCUGUUACCCUAAAGAUGAAAUACCGACAAAGCAUUUACCGAACAUUAUCUCUAUCAUUCAACAAGGCAGUAAGCAUCACAAGCUUCUAAGUGAUCCAAAAUCAGGGCCUAUUCAUUUCUUUGACAAUACAGUUGGAAGUAAUUAUUAUUUAAUGCGUAUAGAUAAGCAUACAGUGAUGGUGAUUAUUUAUUUAGAUAAACAUUCUCAUCGUGAACCUUCUACUAUUGAAUUUAUGACAAAUAUUGUUACAUCUUUAAGAGGUAGCAUUGUUAUUGAAGAAUUAAUUAAUGUAGAUUAAAAAAAUAAAAUAAAGAAGCUAUUUAUUUCUUAUUAUUUAAAUAUGUAACAAGUAUAAUAUUAUUAUGUAAUCAUUGUAUUAAUAAUUUAAAAAGUUCGAAG